GUUCAGGAAACGGAUCCAAUAGCAAUGGUGGUAACCAAGAUUCAGGAAGCGGAUCCAAUGGCAAUGAUGGUAACCAAGGUUCAGGAAGCGGAUCUAAUGGCAGUGGUGCUAACCAAGUUGCAGGAAACGGAUCCAAUGGCAAUGGUGAUAACCAAGGUUCAGGAAGCGGAUCUAAUGGCAGUGGUGCUAACCAAGUUGCAGGUAACGGAUCCAAUGGCAAUGGUGAUAACCAAGGUUCAGGAAGCGGAUCCAAUGGCAGUGGUGCUAACCAAGGCUCAGGAAGCGAAUCCAAUGGCAAUGGUGCUAACCAAGGUUCAGGAAACGGAUCCAAUAGCAAUGGUGGUAACCAAGGCUCAGGAAGCGGAUCCAAUGGCAAUGGUGGUAACCAAGGUUCAGGAAGCGGAUCCAAUGGCAGUGGUGCUAACCAAGUUUCAGGAAACGGAUCCAAUGGCAAUGGUGCUAGCCAAGGUUCAGGAAACGGAUCCAAUAGCAAUGGUGGUAACCAAGGUUCAGGAAGCGGAUCCAAUAGCAAUGAUGGUAACCAAGGUUCAGGAAGCGGAUCUAAUGGCAGUGGUGCUAACCAAGUUUCAGGAAACGGAUCCAAUGGCAAUGGUGAUAACCAAGGUUCAGGAAGCGGAUCCAAUGGCAGUGGUGCUAACCAAGGUUCAGGAAGCGAAUCCAAUGGCAAUGGUGCUAACCAAGUUUCAGGAAACGGAUCCAAUGGCAAUGGUGGUAGCCAAGGCUCAGGAAGCGGAUCCAAUGGUAAUGGUGGUAGCCAAGGUUCAGGAAACGGAUCCAAUGGCAGUGGUGCGAAUAAGAAACGCGGUGGUAACCAAGUUUCAGGAAACGGAUCCAAUGGCAAUGGUGCUAGCCAAGGUUCAGUAAGCGGAUCCAAUGGCAGUGGUAAUAACCAAGGUUCAGGAAGCGGAUCCAAUGGCAAUGGUGGUAACCAAGGUUCAGGAAGUGGAUCCAAUGGCAAUGGUGGUAACCAAGGUUCAGGAAGCGGAUCCAAUGACAGUGGUGCUAACCAAGUUUCAGGAAACGGCAAUGGUGGUAACCAAGGUUCAGGAAGCGGAUCCAAUGGCAAUGAUGGUAUCCAAGGUUCAGGAAGCGGAUCCAAUGGUAGUGGUGCUAGCCAAGGUUCAGGAAGCGAAUCCAAUGGCAAUGGUGCUAACCAAGUUUCAGGAAACGGAUCCAAUGGCAAUGAUGGUAACCAAGGUUCAGGAAGCGGAUCCAAUGGCAGUGGUGAUAACCAAGUUUCAGGAAGCGGAUCCAAUGGCAAUGGUGGUAGCCAAGGCUCAGGAAGCGGAUCCAAUGGCAAUGGUGGUAGCCAAGGUUCAGGAAGCGGAUCCAAUGGCAGUGGUGCGAAUAAGAAACGCGGUGGUAACCAAGUUUCAGGAAACGGAUUCAAUGGCAAUGGUGGUAACCAAGGUUCAGGAAGCGGAUCAAUGGUAAUG